AUGGAGAUUGAGAGCAUGGACCACGAUCCCUUCGAAGGCCUCGUGGACCAGGAUGAAAACGCUAUUGGGCGAUCGUUAGAGUUAUUACGAGCAGACCUUCUCGAAUCAGAACAACAACCUCCUGUCGACACAGCCAUGGAUCAGGAAGUGGAACACACGUCACCGAAUCAAGGCAACCAUGCACGAGAGGAGGAUCAACCAGACGAAAAAGAGGACGAUAUACUUCGGGUCGAAGGAGAUAUAGUGGAUGAGGUCAAACCCACGCCCAAGCCCAAGCCCAAGCCUACUGUAUCAACAAGCUAUCGAGUCCAGGUUGUGGUUCCAGAGAUCCCUUUGGAAGAGCGCGCCCAAUACUCGUUUGUGCACAGUGAUAUUGUUGAAUCCGUUUUGGGCGAAGUUCACGAUAAGAAAACUGUCGAUUACCAGGUCGAGUUCACAGAUGGAAGAAAAGAGCUGAAAUCUUUCACACAACUUGUCACUCUCGAAAACGGAAGAGCUGCCCUGGCCCGGUUUAACCAAGGCCUAGGGCCGCUAGAUUUCGAGAACAUGGCCAGCACACGGAAGCGAAAGUAUGAGGACGAAGACGACUGGGAUUCUGAACACGAGUCUAUCAUCUCAGAUCACAUGGAUAUCGACGAUGAAGAAGAUGAAGAACCCGUUCAAACAAAACGCAUGCGCAGCUCACGCCUUCGCUCGAGGGAGGCCACAAAGCAGCUCUCUCGCAGUCCUUCUAGAAUGACCGACGAUGAGCUCGAUGAUCUUCAACCAGAGCCGUCACGCCCCACUAGAUCUCUCAGAGUUCGUCAGCCCAGACAGUCGACCAACACGUCUUUUAAGAACGGAUUUGGCGGUCAAGAUCAGGAUGAGCUACAUGGAGAUGUUCCCCCAUCAGAGGAAGAAGAUGAUGAUUUCAUGCCGAUUGUCGUCUCUGACAUUAAUCCGAAAAAGGGGCGACCUAACAAGGCACGUCAACGGAUGAAACGCCUACAAACAAUGAGUAUGCGACAGAAGGCUCUAUCGCAGAGACCCUCACGCCACAAGUCUGAUGACUCUGACAUUGAAUUCGAAGCUCCUCGGCGUUCUUCUAGAGCGACGCGAAAUACUUUGAACAUGCAAGACGACGCUUUGAUGGACGAGGAUUCGUUCUAUGUUGCCGAUGACAGAACUCCUGGCGCCCCAAAAAUCAUUUCCGUAAGAGAAAUCUUUCAGCCGCUGCCCACCGAAUCAGAAUUCGCUACGAUGCACAUGGACACUUGCUAUACGUGCGGUGGCUCACGCCAACGGGGCCAAAUAAUCCACUGUCAAGGCUGCACACUGUCCUACCACAAGUCUUGCAUCGGUUACCGCAGUGGUCGUGAACACAUGGUGACAAAGGUUGGCGAGGAUAGCUUUGUCUUGCAAUGCAGAUUUUGCAUUGGUGUCCCCGGUAAAAAGGACGACAAGGCUCCCAAGCACGACAUGUGCCAGACAUGUAAAGCUCCUGGUGGCAGCUGUGCUUCCUUUUCCGAGAAGAAGACAUCCCGGCAGGAAGAGAAGCUUCGCGAGGAGAAUGGUGGCGUUGACCCAGUCACUCCUGUCUCUCCAAAGCUUAUCAACAAUGCUGGCAACGUCCUUUUUCGAUGUGUUGCAUGCCGCAGAGGGUGGCAUGUUGAGCAUCUCCCUGGCGCUAGAAGCGGUACCAUUGGGACAGAUCUCAAGUCUGAGCGCCUCAAAGAUCAUUCGGUUGAUUGGCAUUGUAAAGAAUGCGCUACUACUCGCCACAAGAUACACCGGCUUGUCGCAUGGCGACCCACACAAAAGGAUCUUGCGAAACAGGUUCCUCGACCUACGUGUGCUGAGGUUCGAGAGGACGACAAGGAGUACUUGAUCAAAUGGGAUAGCCGAUCGUAUGCCCACUGUGUUUGGAAGCCUGGUGCUUGGGUAUAUGGCGUGGCAGCUUCUACGAUGCGUAUAUCAUUCGGCAAGAGAGAUGCUGCCGAGGAUCUUCUGAAGCUAGACGAACAAGAUGCCAUCCCAGAUGAGUUUCUUAUGGCCGACAUUAUAUUCAACGUCAAAACGGACCUAUCUGUGCCAAAAUCAACAAGAGAACAAGAGAUGAACAACCUGGCACACGUCACAAAGAUCUUUGUCAAGUUCCAGGGUCUAGGUUACGAUGAUGUUGUAUGGGACUCACCACCAACAGAAGACGACGGCGAGAUAUAUGCUUCUUUUGCUGAAGCAUACUACGAAUACGUCGAGAGCAAGUAUUUGAAGAGUGAAAGUCAGUCCAAGAUCAAAGAACGAGUUAAGACUUACAAGGCUGCACCGUUCAAGGAGAUUAAUACCCAACCUGCUGGUCUGACUCGGGGUAAUCUCAUGGGCUAUCAGAUUAAAGGAGUCAAUUGGCUGCUCGGUAAUUACCACUCAGGGCGCAGCGUUGUCCUCGCCGACGAAAUGGGACUUGGAAAGACGGUCCAAGUGGUAGGUCUUGUGACUUCACUUGUCCAAGACAGCCCAAAGUGCUGGCCUUUCCUAAUCGUCGUCCCUAACGCCACAUGCCCCAACUGGCGCCGAGAGUUCAAGCAAUGGGCACCAGAGCUACGAGUUGUUGCCUAUCAUGGUGGACGAGAACCACAGGCACUGGCCUACAAGUAUGAGCUAUUUCCCAACGGGUUCACAGACAUGAAGGCUCAUGUUGUCAUCAUGUCAUACGAUUCGGCUCAAGACCCCGCAACCAAAAACCUAUUCAAGUCUAUAAACUGGACAGGUCUUGUGGUUGAUGAGGGCCAACGCCUGAAGAACGACGAAAAUCUACUAUAUGGUGCUUUGCGCUCCAUGCGCAUCCCCUUUAGACUCCUUCUCACUGGCACACCAUUGCAGAACAACAAGCGAGAGCUGUUCAACUUGCUACAGUUUAUCGAUGACAAGCAGAAUGCUGCGGAGCUUGAUGAGGAGUAUGAAGUACUCGACAAGGAGACGCUUCCCAAACUACACAACAAGAUUCGACCUUAUUUUCUGCGCCGAACCAAAGCUGGCGUGCUAAAGUUCUUGCCACCCAUGACUCAAAUCAUCUUGCCAGUCACAAUGACUGUGAUCCAGGAGAAGCUCUCCAAGAGUAUCAUGGCCAAGAACCCAGAGCUGAUCAAGGCCAUGUUCUCCAACAGCAAGAUGAACAAAAAAGAGCGUGGGUCUCUCAAUAAUAUCUUGAUGCAAUUGAGAAAGUGUCUUUGUCAUCCUUUCAUGUACUCCGAGGCUAUUGAGGAACGUCACCAUGAUCCCACAGUGCUCCAACGCAACCUCGUGGAGGCGUCGGCCAAGCUCCUUCUCUUGCAAGUCAUGCUUCCGAAACUUCAGGAAAGAGGCCGUCGUGUUUUGAUCUUCAGCCAGUUCCUACAGCAGCUGGACAUUAUUGAGGAUUUCCUCAGCGGGCUGGGCUAUGAUUACCGUCGUCUUGAUGGUAGUAUUAGCAGUCUGGAGAAGCAACGACGAAUCGAUGCCUUUAAUGCCCCUGAGUCGCCCAUCUUUGCCUUCCUGCUAUCUACAAGAGCCGGUGGCGUCGGUAUUAACCUUGCUACUGCAGACACAGUCAUCAUCCUUGAUCCUGACUUCAACCCGCACCAAGAUAUCCAGGCCUUGUCCCGUGCGCAUCGUAUCGGACAGAAGAAAAAGGUUCUUUGCUUUCAGUUCAUGACAACAGAUUCAGUGGAAGAAAGAAUCAUGCAGAUUGGUAAGAAGAAGAUGGCUUUGGAUCAUGCUCUGAUCGAGAGCAUGGACGACGAUGAUCUGGCUGGCGAUGAUCUCGAGUCAAUCCUGAAACACGGCGCCCAAGCUCUCUUCAAUGAUGAUUACGAGAAGAAGUCUAUUCAUUAUGACUCUGCUGCUGUUGAUGCACUUCUAGAUCGAACAGACGAACCCGAAACCAAAGCCGAUGACGGGACCUCGUUUUCUUAUGCCAAGGUAUGGUCCAACGAUAAGUCUGGCUUUGAGGCUGGUCUUGCUACAGAAGAGAUGGCCGAACCAGAGGCCAUCAACUCAAGCGUAUGGGAUCGUAUUCUGGCUCAACGAGAGGCAGAGGCACAGCGGCAAGCCGAAGCAAAUCGGGAGGUCCUCGGUCGCGGUGGUAGACGUCGUCAAGCUAUCAACUACAAGACCGAAGCCGUAAACAACCCCGUGCCUGGUGAUCCCGAAGCGGACUCUGCAGAUUCGUCCGACGACUUUGCUGGAGGUGACUCUGGGGACGAAUCUGAGGACGAUCCAUCAGUGCCAAAAGGCGCCGAAGCGGACGCUAUCCUCGAACUCCACAACCCCAAAGCCCGCGGCAAGAAAGGGCAGCAACUCUACAGCCAACAAGUCGAAAACGGCAGCCAGCCCAGCCAAAAACCGACAGUCAAACAACAACAGCAAAAGCACUGGCAAACGUGGGAAAACGGCGGUGCCCAAAACACCAACCAGCAAGGCCACGGCCAAAAAAACCACAUUGCCAUCCCCACGCCAAACACCUACCAAAAAGCAGGUGGCCAAAUGAUUCCCGGAGGCUCGAUCGAUUUGGCGAGAUACAUAAUGGGUAACCACGUUUAUCAGGGCAACAAUGCACCUCCUGUACCACAGCAACGCGUGCUUGUCACGCAAAGCCAUCCUCCCCCUCCUAACCAUCAAAUAAUCAACUUUAGAAGUGACGGCCUUAAGUCAGAGGCCGAAGUCAGGCUAGCGCUUGACUUUGUUCAUCAUUCGAAUUCUGAUAUGGGCACUAAAGAAAUUCAAAAGGCCCUUCUACUGAACCGACUAAGGACAUUAACCCCAGAGAAUGCACCACAGCAUACAUAA